AUGGCCACGGUGCCCUCUCUUGACCAUAUUAUCAUCAUAUACGCUCUAAAAUCGAAGCGAAACGGGGAACGCGAUUACCGGAUGGGAUUGCAUGAGUCGACUGCGAAGACCCUGCCUGGAGCGGCGAUGAGAUACAUCCAGUGGAUGUUCUCGUACUUGCAGACAAUAGAUGCGAUAAACUUCAUUCGAAGCUAUUUUUUGAUCACGGCCUGCACUAUUCUGCUUGCGAACAGCGUCCCUUUUGUUCGCAAUCGUUUCGUGACAUAUGGCCCACGGGCCACAACGCCAGAACCGAUCAACGCUUCCACAAAAGGAGCUCAAAAUGACGCCAAGCUGUCGAAACAGCCCAAUUGUGGAUGGGGAGCGUCUUUUCUUGACUAUAUAGCAUCGUGGCAAGUACCACAUAGCUUUUUCACUCAUUUUUACGUGGCAUCGGUAUUAUCCUCAGUUCUCUGGGGAGCUCAAAUCUACUUCAGAGGCCCACUGUUUCGAGCUGUAUCUUCACAGGUUAGAGAACAAAACAUUCAAAAGUCCAUGACACGCAACCAAGUUGUUCUGUGCUGGACGCUACUUUUGAUCCAAGGUGUCCGUCGACUGUGCGAAUGCAAUUUAAUGGCAAAACCGUCCCGAUCGAAAAUGUGGUUCCCACAUUGGGUUGUUGGGCUGGCAUUUUAUGUCGCAAUGGGGUUGGCUAUUUGGAUCGAAGGAAUACCUGCGAUCCAUUCUUCAGGCAACUUACUAAAUGAUGUGCGAUAUUGUGCACCAUCAUUGAAGACACUCGCUUUCCUUCCAGUUUUUACUAUUGCAUCCGGUAUCCAACAUGAUUGCCAUAUGUACCUAGCUUCGUUGAAGAAGUACACUCUUCCGUCUCACCCAGCUUUCCUCGCCGUCGUAUCUCCGCAUUAUACAGCCGAGUGCGCCAUUUAUCUAUCGCUCGUUUUCUUGGCUGCGCCAAAAGGAUCUCUUGUCAACAAGACUGUAUUGUCGGGACUGGUUUUCGUUCUUGUGAAUUUAGGUGUUUCUGCUGCCAAUACUAAGGAGUGGUAUAUGAGAAAGUUUGGUAAAGAAAGCGUGCAGCAUCGGUGGAGAAUGAUACCACGUCUAUAUUAG